UCUGUAGGUCAGUUUGUAUUAUCUGGGUUUGUUUGGUAAUGUGAUUCUGCUUUUCCCACUAUUGAAUUGAGCGCUCCUUUUCCCUUUUCUCUUCUCAGCGGAGCCUUAAAUGCUGUGAAUGGAGUGGACAGACGAAACACAGUUUGGGGGGUAGUGUCAACAUAUUGUUCCCCACUUAACUCCUGGUCUUCUCCCCCAACCCUUGCAUAUUAAUACAUGUGGUUUUCACGUGCCAAAGGACGGGACCAAGGUUUCUGCAGCACCCAGCAAUUUACAUUCGAACAAACAAAAGAACUCAGGGCUGUCUCUCUCGAGUCCCACAGUACGACUACCUUUCCUACGACCUCCUUUAAGGUAUUCCUCUAAUCUUCCAGCUCCAACUCAAAACCUAGCCAGUCAGAAAGUCCCUACUUCAGGAACGCCGCCCAAUCACAGUGUCCUCACCUGCAGAAGGUGAGGUCUGGGUCUCCUUACGCGACAGUCUCCUGACCCAAUCAGAGGCGGCUUGGUCUUGGAAAGGCGCCAGUCAGCCCUAGUGGGGAGUACUGGGCGGAGUUGCACCUGGCGACGGUAAAUCACUCAGUGGAGCGGCGGCUCCUUCCACCAAUCGGAAUGUGCAGAGGCGGGCCGCCGACCAAUCGGGCGUGAAGGGAAGGGCUGGGCUGGGCUCAACCUGGCGGCUGGAGUUUAGUCCCCGCGCUCCUGUUGGGCGAAGCUGUGUAUGUUCCCGGGCUCCGGUGACUACUGUCGUAUCGGGAUCUUGAUCAUGUUGGGGACAAAGGCGAAAGUCGGGUGGAAACAGUUGCUUCUCUUCACAUCGAUGAUCCUGUGUUCACUGGCAUUGGGCAGGGGUGCAGUGCAAACGUCUGAACCAGUAGUCAAAGUUGCUGAGAAUAAAUCUGCCAAGUUGCCCUGCUCCUACUCGGGCUUCUCCUCUCCCCGCGUAGAGUGGAAGUUUGCCCAUGGCGACAUCACCAGCCUCGUUUGCUAUAACAACAAGAUCACAGCUUCCUAUGAGGACCGAGUUACUUUUUCGGACAGUGGCAUCACCUUCCAUUCUGUGACCCGGAAAGACACGGGAAUGUACACGUGUAUGGUCUCUGAUGAAGGCGGCAACACCUAUGGGGAGGUCACCGUCCAGCUCAUUGUGCUUGUGCCUCCAUCCAAGCCUACAAUCAAUGUCCCCUCCUCUGCUACCAUCGGGACCCGAGCAGUGCUGACCUGCUCAGAGAACGAUGGUUCCCCGCCUUCUGAAUACUUUUGGUUCAAGGAUGGGGUACUGAUGCCUACAGAACCCAAGAGCAACCGUGCCUUCAGCAACUCUUCCUAUAGCCUGAACCAUAAGACAGGGGAGCUGAUCUUUGACCCCGUGUCGGCCUCUGAUGCUGGAGAUUAUACUUGUGAGGCGCGGAAUGGGUAUGGGUCACCCAUGACGUCAGACACUGUGCACAUGGAUGCUGUGGAGCUGAAUGUAGGGGGCAUCGUGGCAGCUGUCCUUGUAACGCUCAUUCUCCUUGGAGUCUUGAUUUUUGGCAUCUGGUUCGCCUAUAACAGAGGCUACUUUGACAGAGCAAAGAAAGGGACCUCUAGUAAGAAGGUGAUUUACAGCCAGCCCACUGCUCGAAGAGAUGGGGAAUUCAGACAGACCUCAUCCUUCUUGGUGUGACCCUGGUCCAGCUCAUCUCCUGUCCUCUGUGCUUGCCUUACUCAGGUGCUACCAGACUCUGGCCCCUGGUGUCUGUAGUUUCACGGGAUGCCUUAUUUGUCUUCUAGCCCCCAAAGGGGCCCUCACUUUUAUCUUAGUUAGGAUGUGUUUUUUUUAAUAAUGUCUGCCAUGUGCACCUUCUUCCUUCCUGCCUCCCUUCCUUUCCCACCACUGCUGAGUGGCCUGGGACUUGUUUAGCGCUCUUUUUUCCCAUCCCUGUGAGGGAUCAGACAGAAGUCCUGACUGAUGCCUGCUGAGUUCCCUUCCAAGUAGACUGCGAGGGUGGCGGGGCAUGCACUGCGCCCUGCAGGUAGUGGUCUUCAAAUAGGGAAGGAUCUGGAGCUUGGUUCCUUGGCUUUUUCUUGCCAUACUGAGGACCGGUACCAGCUGUUCUAGAGCGGGGACUGGAGACUGGAGCAGCUGAAAUGGUUGUUUGGUGACGACGUCAAGUCUCUUCUGCCUCUGCAGCCCACUUUCUUCUGUCUUCCCGCUGGAAGUGCCACUGGGAUCCUCCUGCACCGUCCUCUUAAUGAACACAAGCAGACUGACAGCAGCUAUGUCUGUAGAGAAAACAAGAGCUUUUGUUGUGGAGAGCAUAGUAAGCUUUCAGGGCAAACGGAGCAGAAGAGUUUUUAAACCGCUGAUCUACAGAAAAGAAAGCUGGAGCUGGUAGCUCAAGCCAUCACCCUUCCCUUGGCUGGAACAACUGGACCCACACUUUUAAGAUGUGUCUGCAGGGUUGUGGGAAUUUGUGUAGUAGUCAGCUCUGCUGAGCACGUGUGCGUGUGCGUGUGCGUGUGGUCUCAGUUCUAUACUGCAAUUGAGUGUGUGUUGGAGGGCUUCUUAGCUCUUUGGUGAGAUUGUACUAUGGGAAUGGGAGAAAUGAACUACCUAGGCUCCUUCUUAGCACAAACAAGAAAAUCCCCAAAGCCCUGCUUCCUAGCAACCUGGGCUGGUCCCUAGCUCACUGUCCUACCCCUUCCUGUUUCCUGCCUUCAAGACAGAAAUUGGACCCUCAUUUCUAGAGUCCUCUUGUGGCAGGAGAAGGGCACCUCGGGUGAAGUGAUGGUGUACUCUGGGUUCUACUUGGUCUGAUCCACCCAGUGAGAGGAGAGGCGCCCACCCUGCCACCUCUGGCAGCCAGAUGCACUAAUAUACUUCCCUGAGGCUACAGGAAAAGCUGCUGCAUAGCCUGAGGCAGGAUUUCUCAAAUCAUUUUCAGAAUCACUUCUUUAGUAGUAGUUUAAAGUAGUACUACGACUCUGUUUAGGGGGUAGGUGUAAGUGAGAGCAGGAGCGAGCAGAGUAAUCCGGCCUGCCACUGCUUUCCUUGUCCCAUCUUGACCCUUCUUUGCCCUUAAAUCUGUUUCUCCCUCUACCCCAGCAGCCCCAGUCUAUUUAUUAACUAGCAAGAGGGCAAAUAAGGGGUCUUCUAGGAUUGAUUUUGCUAAUUUCUGUGGAGGAUACUGAACACCACUUUGCCAUAUUAUGUUCCCUUAUCUGACAAUCCAUCACAGAACUGAGUUUUCUUUUCAUCAAGGAUCCAGAAGGGAAAACAAAAACCAAAUCGUAUUGUCACGCACCAAUAAAGAAUAAGCUUUCCAGAUGGAAAUAAAAUCUAAUUAGGCAAUAAAAGUAGAGAUUGUGAAACGGUUCAGUAAGAAUGAGAUUUUUGAAGUAUGUUUCAGUUUUGUAUCAUUGUUGGGGGACAGGGUGGGAGGGAUGUGGAGAAAAGGCCACAGGGAAGCAGAGGUGAAUCAUGGUUCCUGUAAGUCGGGAGCAAAUGGCUCUUCACUCCCUAGGUCACGACUUGUGAGGAAUAUGAGUCAGUUAUUUACCAGCCUUGGACUUUACCGCUGCAGCUUACAACAGUCCCUUUGAGUUGGAAAACACCUCCUCUGCUUUCAGUUUAGAAUGUUAUAACUAAUUUUUGUAAUAAAUGUUUAUUUUUCACAUUGAGUUUGUUUAAGUCCUCAAGUUUUAGCUUAAAAGAAUUGGGACCCCCAAAGUGACUUGAACAUUCAAAAGUCUUACCUGUAGUCUUUUUAAGAAAGAGAUUAGGGAUAUCCUUCUAAAUAGUCUGGUAGUUAGAUGUCAGUUUAACUUACCAUUGGCCUGUACUUGAAUGGGAAUGCUUCAAAUGGACAUUUCCUACGUUAAAAGGAGACUUGGGGGUUGAGGAACAGGGUAAUCCAUAGAGAUUAGUGUUUUAGACAUGAACCCACCCUGAUUAGGGAUAAAACGAUUGAACAUUAAGGAUGUGUUUGUUGUCCC